GCUCGCCGACGACCAGCGUUUUUCGCGGAACGUUCGAAACAGGCCGGAGAGAUCGUGCCUGUGGAUCUCUCGAUCGGUCGCCACGCAUGCGCAGCAGGUCCCGCUCGCGCGAGCGAUCGGAUCCAACGUUGGCACGCUGCUUCCUUCGUGCAGUAUGGCACGCUCGAUUCCAGUUCUGCUCGUUGUCACCACGUUCGUGAGGCAGGCUCUCCGUUCACCCGCAGGCACGACGCACGGCGAAUAAUCACCGGCAGCAAUGGACGAGGAAUGGGAUGUGGACAACGUCGAGGCGAAAUUCGACCUCGCGAUGAGAUCGAACAAGUGGGAGGGCGAGGACGAGGAGGAGGAUGUCAAGGACAGCUGGGAAGAUGUAGAAGAAGAGAAAAAGGAUGUAGAAAAACCAGCAGAGCUGGUCCCAAAGGCAAAACCGAAACCUAAAAAAGCCCUGGCUGAAAGGAUCGAGGAACGUGAGAAAAAAGCACGGGAAGAAGCUGAGAGGAAAGUGAAAGAAAAGGAAGAUGCACUUACACCUGAAGAAAGGCGAACCGAACUGUUAAGGCGUCAAAGGUUGCAAGAAGAGGCAGACUUACGGCUGGCGAUGGAAACUUUCGGAGUGACAGAAGUAUCACAAAACGAAUCAUUCGAUACUAUGGUACCGGAUACAAAAGAGGAAUUUGAGCAAUAUGGUGCAGCAAUGUCACAAAAAAUUAAUCAAUUUAACAAACAUGCAGAGUUUCCACCAUUUGCAGAAGAACUUAUAAAGUCUAUUGCUCUUAAUUUAUCGUCAAAUUACUUGAAAAAAGUGAAAACUAUAGUUGACAACUUACUUAUUGAAAAGCAGAAGAUGGAGAAGGGUGAUAAGGCGAAAAAGAACAAAGGGAAAGGAAAGGCCAAGCUCAAAAUCGAAGGUGACAACACCUUGUUGAGUGAAUACGGUGAUUAUGUAUAUGAUGAAUAUGACGAUUUUAUGUAGCGACUUUUCACAUAUUCAUACAUUCUAGUCGCCUAAAUACACGCAGAGGAAUAUUAAUUUGCAGAAUUUAUACAGAAACUUUAUAUUUGUAAUUUCUGCAUAUUGAAUUGUAACCAAAAUGUACAACGGUUUAAUCUAUAUCCAUGAUAUCACACUUAACAAGAUGAGAAACAAAAAAAAAGUAGAAAUGAAAGCUAGCAUUACAAUAUUAUCGGCGGAAAUGCUUAACAAAUGAACACUUUCCGACAACUGUACUGAUGUCACAUUCACACGCAGUUACUCUGAACAGUUGAAGAUUCUACGACUUACUGUUGAGUUUUAUUGGAUUUUUAUCCGCGCGUCCGUCGUUAUCAGAUUUUCAAUUUUGAUGUUGAUGUCAGUAACGAUUUUAGCUUAUAAACAUUGAGGUUGUCGCGCAACGCGCGAUUCUAACUUAUUGAUUGUGCAUACAUUAACAUCGGGCAGUGAAGAAUAGAACUAUAUUUAGUCUUUGAGUUGUAAUCGCAUCUUAAUCUGUUAAAAGGAAGAAACUUUCCCAUCUUUAUAUAGCUGCGUUAUUGCAGACUAAACUCGUGUAAUUAUAUUGUGGAAGUUUUAUAUAACACAGCUUACAUAUUCAUAAUACCUACACACACGUACUUUUAUUGAAGAAUGAUUAGAAGUUGGUUUUGAAAAGAGUAUAUUCCUAAAUAAAGGUUGAUUAUAAAUUAUCCGCCUCUAUGAUUCUUGCUCAUAAUUUAUACAAUUGAUUGUACAUUUUACUGCACAGAAAAAGUAUUUCUUGUAUUUUCUGUUUCAACUGCGUUUCUCCAUUUGUAGAUUGUAUCUUUCGGCUGUUGAUAAAAAAUUGUCUAGAUUGCUCAGCCUAGAGAAAUUAAUGCGUGUGCAUUUGCAAUGCACGCAGAAAU